UUAUAACUCCUCAAAAGCACAUUGAGUCUAUUGAACUCUAAUUGAAAUUUAAAUUUGAGAAUGGAAUGGACGAUUCAAAAAUUUCGCGUAAAGAAUUUGGUAUGUGCAAACUAAUGCUUUGCUGCUUCACUAUUCUCCAUGCAGUAGGCUGUUUCAAUAGCUACAAAAUGACUCAUGGACAGCGACCGGAGUUGGGCCUCAAGCAUAAGGGAAUCUACUAUGGCUACCCGACUUCUAUUAUACAGCAUUCUUAUUUGGUGUCCAUCCAUAGCGACGACUCAUUUAUUUGCGUCGGAACUAUCGUCAGUGCGAGAUGGCUUGUCACCCUAGCAGAUUGUGAGCCUGAAGUUGGAAUGUAUAUUAGGGCCGGGAGCAGCAGCAGCAUGUCGGGGGGCUUUGUGUUCCAAGUGGACAGUGUCACACUUCACCCCAACUACGUCAGCUACACGUACGACUACAACUACGCUUGUGUUCGGAUCAACGGAACCUUCCAAUGGUCAGAGAGAGUGAACCCUCUUAAUCUGCCGAAGUUGCCACCCGCGGUCAACACGAUACUGAGUGUUGCCGGAUGGGCUUAUAGUGCUAUCGGCGAUGUGAGCAGUCUGGAUUACGAGCUGCCAUUGAUGGAGGGCAGUCUGAAGUGGAUAUCCAGGAAGAAUUGCAGAGCUGGAUGGGAGGCGUAUGGUAUCCCUGAAUGGACCAAUCGAAUGGCUUGCGUGUUAGACAAGAGUAAAACUUCCUUUUGUAACGGAGAGUGGGGCGACUCUGUAGUGAAGGAUUACGAGUUCCAUGGCAUGCUCGCUGCUGGCUCAGGAACAUGCUCCUUCUCCGACGUUCCGGUUAUGGUGGUUACCAUCGCUCCUGUUUCCAAAUGGAUACAAAAUGUGGUUGGGAAACUCGAUGUGGAACCAAUCUCCGACAUGUGAACGAAUGUUUUUGUGUAAAUGUUUGUAAUACUUCAUAAAUAACUGACUACAUCA